AUGCCCAUGACAGCGCUUUUCGUCAUAGACACCCAAGAAGAACUCGUUUCAAUUCCUAGCACCGCCAUCCCCGAUGGAGCCCGUAUUUGCGAAACCGGAACCAAAAUCCUCGAUCGCGCACGAAGCAAACCCACCACAGAGCUAGACAUAAUCGUAGUACAACAUUCUGAGGACCCAGCGGAUCCAAACUCAACUUUGGUCCCAGGAAGUAAGGCCUGGGAUUUGGUUCUACCACCGCGAGAUGGUGCUGGGAAUGAAAAAGUCGUCCAUAAAACUACUGCCGAUACUUUUGAAUCUAACCCAAACCUUGCGAAUGAACUGCAAGGUCGAGGUAUAUCUUCGAUCGUGGCCUUUGGGGUGCAGAGUGAGUUCUGCGUUCGCGCUACUUGCCGAGGGGCCAUUAAUGCGGGGUUCGAUGUAAUCCUGCUGCGGGGAGCACACUCCACGUAUAACAAUGAUGAAACUGGACAGAGUGCGGAGCAGAUUGAAAAAGAAGUUGAGCAGGAACUUGAAUCUAUCGGCGUGAAAGUUGUGCCUUGGGAUCAAUAUGAAUUUUGA